UAACCUCCACCCACGAUGAGUUCACCACUCACCAUAUUUAAUUCUGACGUGAUGGCGCUGUAAUUCUGGACUAAAGAAAGAGACGCAGUUUUAUGUGCAGGUUUGUUCCAGCUGCGAGUUGCCCUGUGGUUGUGUUGGUUUUUAAUGAAGCUGUAAGUUCGCAUUCGGCCACUAGAUGGCCCUUUUGAGUCGUGUUAUUCCAUGAAGGGGCAGACAAGAGAAAGGGGGGAGUGGUCAAAUGAAGGGACGAGGCAGGUGGAGGUGAAUACAAGGGUUUGGUGCUCAGAUUGUCCCGCUCUUGUCAAGUUGUGAAAAUGUCUCUUUUUUGCAUCGAUAAAAAGUUGAAUCAGAGACGAUCAAUGGUCGUGUCAUGUCACGUGUGUGUAUCUACAUUUGUAUCUUACUGCUACUGUUUCAUUUUUUUAAAUUAAAAAUUCAUAAAAAAAAAUCAAUGAUGGUUUAAAAUAGAAAUGAUUGUUUAAUCCAACAAUACAAUUACAAUAUUUAAUUUGCUGGCUAGUUUAUGGAGGCUUCAGUUUAUUCUCUUGCUCAGCUCACUUCGUCUGUCAUGUAAGUCAAACCAGCAGUUUCACACGCUACAGACUCGCAGUCCACUUUAACUGCACAUCCCGAGCUCUAGAAAUAAAAAUCAACGACCGGAACAACCUUUGUUUCAUGCAAUCAUGUUCAUGUUUACAGGAUGUAUUUUACCUUCCACACUAAAAUACACUCCUCCACAGGCAAUGAAAAGAUAAUGGAGUGAUAGACAUUUUAUUGCUGUAUAACAGAAGAGAACAACUGUUAAACUGCGCCUCCGAGAUGUUUGUAGCUUAGCGUCGGCUGAUGAAAGAGGUGCAGAAGAUGUGCUGUUUAUUAUGUCCAAUGAGAUCAACAUGUAUCAGCGACGCUAACGCCAAGCAGUAAGUCAUUAGAAAGAAGUUGUACGAGUUUUUAAUUUUGUGUUUUCACACAAAAAAUGAGUAGAAUUUGGUUUCCAUACCCUACAAUAAACUUCAUAGUGAUUCUGAUGAGGUUCUCAUAAGUGGGUCAAACGCUGGUGCCAUAUGGUGAUGUCACUGGAAGUACUACACACUGUGCAAUGAAACACUGGAAGUAGCGUCAAUAUCAGCCAAUAAUGUGGGAUUUGUCAAGGAUUUUUGGGGAAGAAGUGCAGCUUCAUGUAAACCAUGACUUGUUUUGAUUCCAACCACGUCGUUGUGCGAGCGACAACUCAGAUGAUUGUGAGAGGAUGAAGUGUCUGAACGGAGCAGAGACGGACGGCAACACUGAUCGCUAAUGUAAAUGGAUGAUCAUCGCUCUCCAUUUGUUUAUGUUGGAAAACCCUGGGCAUUUGCAGUUGCUUUCCGAACCCCUUUGGGGCAAACUUUCAGGGCAAAAUAAUCCUGCAGAGCCCCAACAGGCUCCACCUCCAGUGACCCCACAGAGGCUUAUUUCCGGUUCUGGCUUCAAUCAUCCAUCCUCACUAUAAGAUUUGUCAGUGGGGCAGAACAUCCAUGUCGUGCUGUGCUGCUCCUUGAGUGGAUCCACCUAUGUUUGUAUCCUUGUAAGAAUGAAGUACCUAACCUUCAGUAAAUCAGCCUUUUCAAUAAAUAUGAAGUUAGUUAAUAUUUGACAUCUUUCCCAACAAAGACCUCACAGUGUGCAGCAACUAGCCUGCCAACAAACAACCCUCGCUGGUUUUGGUUGAGUUGCCAUCUGUGUCAACACACCUUUCCUCUGCUCUUAUCAAUUUUUAUCACGCGUCAAUAAACCCCUGAACUGCGAUCGAUUACUUCCAUUACAAUCCAAACUAUUAUAUCAAAACAGACAUUUUCCUUAUUUUCCCAGCCCUUUCCUUCCUGUUAACUUUGACUUAAUAUUUAUGUAGGUAACCCAGCUUCCUCGAACGCUGGUCGGUCACCUUCACUGGAACUGAUGACAUCACUCCCGCAGGCGCUUAUCGCCGCUCCGCAUGGCGAGCGGUGAUUACAUGAACAGUUUUUGUUGACAUUCCUCUGACGUGAGAUAAAACAAGCCUUUUAUUUUUUGCCGUUUCCAAAACAGCCUCCUCCAUAGUUCCUGGAGGCUGUAAAUAUUUUAUAUACGAGGAGUGGAAACACCUGUGGAAUUCAAAUUAGUUCACCAAAGUUCAUGAUCCUGAUAAGAUCUUUUUAUUUUGUCUGUGUGGCAUUUGUAUGUUCUCCCCAUACUUGCGUGAAUUCCUCCAGGGCACUCUGGUUCAGAGGUUCAGAGAAGCCUGAAAGAGCGAGUGUGUCUGUCCUGUGACCCUCUGUAGCGGGGGGCGGCUGCCUCAUCCUUAGAGGAGAGUUGUGUUUGAGAUCGACGCAGAAAUAGAUGAGAAUAUUUUUCCAGUAUACGGAGGUGGUGUCGCCUGCGGAGCGAAGCACAUCUGCGCUCCUGAGGAAACUGAACUUUCUGACCUUUAGGGGGAAGAAUGUGUCAAAAUCUGCUUUGUCAAGAAGCUACGUAGCAAUGUCACACAUUCCUGAGGGGGGAAGAAGCCCCUCUGCACCCCCCAUUUCCCCUGCAGUCAAACUUCUGUAGAGGGCAAAAGGGCCGAGCUGUGAAAUGAAGGACUCACUCAUGAACUAAUUGAGCUAAAAGUAAUGAUUAGCUUUGGUGAAAUCAAUUCCCAUGAAUCGAUAAAUGGACUGGCACACUUGCUUUAUUGAUCCCAAGCUGAGAAACUUUCGCUGGUAUCGACACUGGCGACCAUCAUUCAGGUCUGUUUGUCUCUUUCCAUUCAUCCCAAACUGCAUCAAGCUCCUCACAAGCAAGUUUAAAAUGUUGAAAUAUAGUGACUUUUCAGCCAUUGAAACAGUGUUUCUGCUCUCGACCAAAUUCUAGUACUAAUAUACAAUGACUUACAUGUGUAUUCUCAAUGGACUUCAUGAAUUAGGAGUCAUCAUUACCAUUAAUGUAGCUGGUAACAUUGUUUAUGACGUGACAGGAGGCCCUUCCAGAGCAUCUGCUGCAUGUUAUAUCUGACAUAAAAUAAACAGCUUUGUCAUAGUUAUCAAAAGUUGACCUUUAUUUCAUGUUUAUUGGCCUAUCCGGUUAUGCAAAUAUACAAUUCACAUCUUAUCUGCCUCACCAGAAAGUCUCCAGCUCAUCACACAUAAUCGCUGGCUCCCAUCUGAAGCCUCCACUUUCAUCCUGACACCUCUGAUUCAUGAACUUUUCUCAUGAAAGGGAGAGAUGUUCCAGGACAAUAGAGAGUCCCUCGGCAGGUGGGAGUCUCUCGACGGUGACAAAACAUCCCAGGAAUGUGUCGCAGGUUCCAACACCCCGGGGUGGUGGAGCGUGGCUCGCAGGCUGGGAGCCCUGGGAGGAGCUAGUGUUGUGACAUGGUGGGAGAAAGAGAAUAGAAAUAGAGCUCAGCACCUGCAGUCCAGCAGACCGACUUGCUCUUUUGUGGACAUCCAGCCAUGUCGACUCACAUCAGCGUCUUCUUACUCAUCACGCUCUGGGCUUCGCUGCAGGACGGAAGCAGAGCUGAGCGGCGCCGCCUCGCCUCCCAGAGUGAGGACCAAACGCUGCGCUUGCAGCAGCCUACUGGACUCCGAGUGUCACUACUUCUGCCACCUGGACAUCAUCUGGAUCAACACUCCCAGUAAGACGACUGUUUAUGGCCUGGGAAGUACUUUGUCCCGCCGCCGCAGAUCUGCCAGCCGCUGCACCUGUGCCAACCCAGAUGACCUCACCUGUACCAGCUUCUGCCAACACAGACCUAAAGUCACGGCAGUCAGGAACACAGCAAAAAGUCAGCCCAGCUUGCUGAAGAUCCUGAGGUGGGUUUCCAUCCGACGGUGGAUGGAGGUGUGCACUGAACUGCUUGUUGUCGCUCAGAGAUGUGGCCAAAAGACGACUGCAGGCUGCGACGGAUUCAGAGGCCCAAAACAGUUAUGCAGGACGGAGAUGAAAUCCUGAGAAGGACGGAAGAUUCUCCAGCCGCUUUUGGAGAAACACAGGAGAAGCCUGCAGAUAGGAAGACGCAGAUGCUUUUGGGGCCAGAGAGCCGAUCGUGCUGCGAGUCAGGAGCCCAGAGCAGACGUCUGUCCGCGCAUGACCCAGACGAGCCAGAGAGGGAAGCUGCGCGUGCACUCUGUGACGAGGGUGUUCGCUCUGCUGAGGCUAGGCAGAGACGCGUGUUGUGUGUCGCGUCAUAGUGAAAACACUGCUGCACGUUGUGUUG